UAGAUAAUAUAAAAAAUGUAAUCCUCCCAGAUAGUUAUAUUCUGGUUUCUCUCGAUGUAACAUCUUUAUACACAAAUAUACCUAUUGAUCUUGCCAUUACAUUAAUAGAGAAAAAGUGGAAUCAAAUCGAGCCACAUACAACCCUAUCAAUGCAAGAAUUCUUACAACUUUUCAAUUUUUGUGUUGAAAAUAGUUUCUUUAUCUUUAACAACAAAUACUAUAAACAGAUUUUUGGACUUGGAAUGGGGAACUGUCUUGCUCCUGUGGUGGCUGACAUUGUUAUGGUGGAAAUUCAAAAGAUUGCUCUAGGCCGACUUUCCUUCUGCACACCUAUUUUUAAGAGAUACGUGGAUGAUAUCUGCACGUCGAUACCAGCCGAUAAGGCAGAUGAGACCAUCACUGUGUUUAACAGCGUACAUUCACGAUUAAAAUUCACCAUUGAAAUCGAAUCACAGGAGGGCACCUUACCUUUUCUGGACGUUUUGCUGAUAAGACGCAGUAAUGAAAUAAAAUAUAAUUGGUAUCGAAAACCUACUUUUUCAGGCAGAGUUUUAAAUUUUAAUUCAAAACACACUAUCACACAGAAAAUUAAUAUUGUUAACAAUUUGAAAAAUAGAGCUUUGAAACUGUCAUCUCCAGAAUUUCACCAAGAUAACUUGAACCAAAUAAAAUCUAUUUUACAGAAAAAUGACUAUCCCACCAAGAUUAUUGAAGAAAUUAUUUACAGAAGAAAUCGAGAACGGAUUCAAGACGAAAUAAUCGAAAACAAAAAAUUUUACGCCUUGACUUACGUUGAAGGUUUAUCUGAGCAGAUCAAAAGAAUUAUUUCAUCGCUUGAUGUCGACAUAGCUUUUCGAUCUGAUAACACAAACAGAAAGCUUUUCUCAAGGUUAAAGAGUACAACUCAAAAAGAAUUGUUGAGUAAUGUUAUCUACAAGAUUUGUUGCAGGGAUUGUCAAUCUACAUAUAUAGGGCAAACAGGUCGAUAUCUUAAAGACAGAAUCUCUGAACAUAAGAGAGAUUCCCUUAACAUACUCAACCCUCUAAAAAAGAAAAAGGAGAACAACACCGCUCUAGCUGAACAUGUGUCAAAUUCACUCCAUUCUUUUGAUUUUAACAUCGAUUCAAUAAAAAUAUUAGGACACCAAAAAAUUUUAAAGAAGCGCUUACUACAUGAAAUGAUCUCAAUUAAACAAGAUGAAAAAUCCAUUAACAGGAGAACAGACAUUGAAGGUUUAAAUACGGCCUAUUACUAUCUCAUCAACAAAAUAAAAAGAAAAAUAACUUGAACUAAUUAUUCAAAUUUAAUGUCAAUGUCAUGUAUGUAGAUAUAAACAUUAUUCAUUAUUUACUUAUAACAUAUGUAUUAUCAUAGUGGUCUGUUCCCGUUUUAUCAUUUCGUUCGUUUUAGAUUAUAAUUUGAUGGUGUCAAAAAGUGAUAUUUAUUUCAUAUAUUUCAUGAUUCUGACAAAAAAACCGCAAAUAGACUAGCCCUGAAGAAGAUUUUUGAAUAAAAUCGAAACAUGUCGGCAAUGGUCUGAGAAGUGGUUUUUGUUUCAACAACCUGACCUUCAACCCUGUCAAGAAAUUAGUUCAUCAUUAAAAAAGGUCUCAAACCAAUAACUCA